GGAGUAGCUGUGGGGAUGGUAGCAGGAGCAGGAGGAAGAGGGGGGAAGGAGGCCAGGGAGAUGUACCUCAUCCAGUUCCCCGGGGAUGAAGAGGAUGAAGGAGGGAUGGCGGAGGACGAGGCAGGGGAGGGCAGCCUCAGCGGUGAGGGGGAGGAGACGGCCAACAUCAAAGAGGAGUUUCCUCAAACAGAGGGCUAUCAACCUGCCUCUCUCCGGCUAAUCAAGGAGGCUUUGAAGAUGGACCCGUCCAAUCAGAAGCUUCACACUGGUUCCAGAGCUCAAAGCGACGGAGACCUGUCAGAUCAUCCCCCGACCCUUCAUCCAGGAGAGACAGCGGAGGAGGACUGGGAGGUUGGCUCAGAAGAGCCAUCAGAGGGCGGCAUGACCAUGGAUGAACUGAGGGGUCUGGAGUCCGCGCUGAGGGCUGAGAGAGGUCGCGAGCAGGCUGCCAUGACAGCUUCCCAGCCUGUCAGCCCUGAGGUAGUGCAAGGCAGCGAGAUCAGCUUGGCCCCCAAGUACAUAGGUCUUGAUGGUAUGGAGCAGGACGGAGAGCUGGAGCCUCAGCCACCCACCCUUCAGAGAGAAGACCAGGUAGGGCAAGGCAUGGUAAAGGACAGUGUGAGGGCUGGAGUGGUUGGGGGAGGAGAGCUGAGGUUAGGCUGGUCGAAGAAGUUGAGAGAGGGCGACUCGGGCACAGUUAUGACUGCAGACGAUGGGGUGGAGCAGGGAGAGACAGAGCCCCUGCCCCACUUGUCGGCUCCUGGGAGUGUUGAAGAAAGUGGAGGGGAAGAGGAGGGUGUCGGGGACUUGCUCCACUUCUGCCCACAGUGUGGAGGAGGCUUCACCUCAGAGGCUGAGCUGGAGGAGCAUCCCUGUCCACUAGGAGGCGCCCAUUUACAGAGCAGUGGAGCAGAGGACAGUCUUUUCCCUUGUACCCACUGUGGCAACACAUUCAGCCACGCCUGGGCUCUUAAGAACCACGAGUGUGCCUGCGCUGCCGAACGGCCGCACUGCUGCGAGAUCUGCGGGAAGCGCUUCACACACUCUCGCUCACUGGAGCGGCAUCAUCUAGUGCACACAGGCGAGAGGCCUCACCGGUGCCCGCAGUGUGGACGCAGCUUCAGUCGUCUUGGCAACUUGGAACGGCACCAGCGGAUUCACACAGGUGAACGUCCAUACGGGUGUGAAGCGUGUGGAAAACGCUUCAGUCGUGUGGAGUACUUAAAGAGACAUCAACUCAUACACAACAGUGAAAAGGCCCCACUCCAGUGCUCCAACUGUGGAAGAGGCUUUAGUGAUGUGGAGCAACUGAAAAACCACCAGUGUUUUUAGAGUCCCUCCUUCAAAUAUCUGACAGAACUGGAAAAAAGAAAGAGCUGGUCUUUAAUUGAAUGUGGCAGAAUUUAGGUGAUGAAUGUGAAUGGCACAAUUUUAUUCUCUGUGUUUCAGAGUUGCCUCUCUUACACUCUGACUUGAUGAGAAGUUAAAUUGACUUGAAGGUAAAGAAGCAGAUGCGUGUGUGGAUGAUUUUUGUUGAGUAAGACAAUUGAGGAAGACAGCUGUACAUGGUGUUUCUCUGUAGGAGGAGAAAUAAACUCAAUCUCAGACGUCCAGCAAUUUUAAUUGGAGGUGUUCUCAUUUUUAUGUACAAAGCUUGUACUUAUUUAUGAUGAUCAAUAAAUUGUAAAUUUUUAUCUUUUUAUCAGUAAUUCACUCAUGUUAAAUCUGAG